AUGGAACCUUCACAGCCUGCAACGCCGAGUAAAACAGCCGGUACCCCUAAUCCAAAACCACUUACUCCAGAGCAAAUCCAGCGUAUAGAAUUAAACCGCUUGAAAGCAAAGGCUCUUCGUGAACAGCGAGAGGCCGAAGCACGAAACCGCGGCACUGGUGGCUCUGUUGUAGCUGGGCAGAAGAGGCCCAUAUCCUCCGUACUCUCGCCAUCCAAAACGCCAGCCAACCUUCGAGAUGGACGAAAUAACCCGUCCACGACAGGUGAACGGCCACUAGAUACUAUACGGCCUGUACGGGCAUUCGCCAAAUAUGUAGAGUACGACUUUAGCAAGAUGACAGAUACCAAGGGUGGAUUCCUGACUGCCGAUGAUGAUCCUCACAACAAGGCUCUAUACUCCAAGGAUCAAGAUGGAAAGCCGGCUCAUAUGACUCAACGAGACUGGGAGCGGUAUCAGCAACUACAGGCUGCUCGGAAAGAUCCUCAUGGGCCCUUUGCUCCAGGGGCCACAGCACAGGACUCUGGGAAGCAGAAGAAGUGUCGGGAAUGCGGUACCGUGGACAUCGACUGGAAAUGGGACGAAGUCUUCAAAUGUUCGAUUUGCAGUGUUUGCAAGGAGAAGUUCCCUGAGAAGUACAGCUUACUCACAAAGACAGAAGCAAAGGAAGACUAUCUCCUCACUGACCCUGAACUCAAAGAUGAAGAACUGCUCCCUCACCUAGAGCGGCCGAACCCGCAUAAGUCAACAUGGAACAACAUGAUGCUCUUCCUCCGGUUCCAGGUAGAAGAGUACGCCUUUUCGGCGAAAAAAUGGGGGUCCCCCGAAGGCCUUGAUGCCGAGUUCGAACGGCGGGAAGCCGACAAAAAGAAACGAAAAGAAGCACAGUUCAGGACCAAGCUGAAAGAACUGAAGAAACGCACCCAGUUCGAGGCGCAUCGCAGGAACAGGGAGGGCGGCGGCGGUUCGUUUGGCGAUACCCUCGGUGGCCGCCAGAGGCACGUCCAUCAAUGGGGGAGGCCAGUAGACAACGCCGAGACGGGCAUGAGCGUCAAGACCUGCGUCGACUGCGGCAUGGAGGUAGAAGAGAUAGUAUUCUAA